AUGAAACAGCCGCUACUCCUCGUGCCUGCCUACUCCGGGCUGAGCUCGCCUUCGCGCUUCGACUGCCUUCCAAACUCCUCACUCAGUGCGAGCGGUCCCGAGCAGGUCGGUACCGGGGCCACCAGCGGUGUCUGCCCCGCGCGCCCCCGCGGCGUGCCGGGGCGCACGCGCGCCGCCUGCGGGCCGCCCCGCCCCCGGCCGAGGGGCCCCGCUCCGGCCCCGCCCAGCCCGCCGGCCUCUGGCACCCAGGGGGCACCGGCGCCGCCUCCCAGAAAAGGCUCUCCAGUAACCCAGCCCUGUCUUAUAGGUGGCGCUGGACACGCCCCCAGCGGGGACCGGUUCCUGGGAGCGCGAUGGCUUAGGGAGCAGAGGCAGCUGCCCAGGGCCGGGCCUCACCCGACCCGACCCUUCCUAGCUAGAGCGCCCGGAUGCCGCUCGGUCCCUCUGAACAACCCCCUCGGUCAGGUGACCGCCGGCCGCUACCCACUGCCCGCCCCCCCCCCCGGGUACCGCCCGCUCGCACCCCUGGACAGAGCGGCGCGGGGGCGCGCGAGGGGAGCGAGCGGCCGCCGGUCCCGGCCCCGUCCCGCGCGCGACCCCCUCGCCUCAAACGCGAGCGCGGCGGCAGCGCGCGGGCAGGCGGCGCGCGCGCGCGUGAUUGGGCGGCCGCCGCGCUCACGUGACACGCGCACGCCUCGCGCCACCUCGAGCGAAAAACUUCCAAGGAGAGGAGGGGGGGGACGGCCGGCUCUUACCUGGCUCCGCGCACCGCCCCGGCCCACGCGGCCCUCGCCCGCCACGCGCGACCUCCUGCCGUCCUCAUUAGCCGCCGCCAUCCAUCACGUGCGCUGCGCACGUUCCCUGCCCCUUCCCCUGGCUUCUCUCCCGCCCCGCGAGGCCGGUGCCGGAGCGCGGCCGCGCAGGAGGAGCGCCGGGGGCACCGGGGACCGGCGGCGGCCGCGCGGACCAGCUGCCUCGCGACGCCCCGCCAGCGGCGCGGCGCCGAUUGGCCGGAGCCGCCCGCCGACGCACUUCCGCUCCCAGAGUGCCGCCGGCCACGCCCUUCCCGCCCCUCCCCCGGCCGUGCGCGAGGGAGAACACGCCGCUCGCGCGUGGGGCCGCGCGGCAGCGCCUCCCGUGGCCGCGGCGCGCGCGCGCCCUCCCCGAGGGGCAGCCGCGCCCCGAGCGGUUCCCACGGGCACGCCGGGCCCGGCCCAGCCGCCGCGCGCCUGCCGCGACACCGCCCUGCCGCCCCUGCCCGCGGCUCCUCGUCUUUCCUCCGCCUGCCGCGUUUGCAAAUCACGGACGGGCGGCUGGUGCGCUGCGGAGUGCGAUGUUCCGGCGGUAGCCGGAGCUGCGGGCGAACGCCGACGGAGCGCGGCUGGAGUUCAGAAGGAUUUCCCACGCCGUGGGCGCUGCUGCCGCUGGCACAAGGCUCUCGGACCCGGCAGGGCUCCCGGGGACCGGAGUGUUUGUGCAGCGCCCACGGAACUGCACUCACACCGAUCCCCCAGUUACCGGGAGCUACGUGUGUGCCGAAAGAGUUAA